GAUGACCAUCUCCAAAAGUUAUUUCCUAAUCCUCCAAAUCAGAACGAAAUAAUGACUGCCACCAACUACUACGGUCCUGACCCCAACAAUCACCCUGACCAAAAAGAAUUAUCUAAUAUCUUCCGCAACCUGAAGCCCAGCACAGACUCUGCCUUUGUCCUGGGCUGCGAUGGCGUCCUCCGAAAUCUGACGAUAGACCACAACGUCCUAGACGCUAUUGGUCUUCCACCCCGAUUGAUCAAAGCCUUUCUCGAUCGGGGUCCAUUUGACCCACGGAUGGAAGAUAUGUAUCGUGGAGUGGAUGGAACCAAAGUACCGCAGGAGCAGUGCUGGAAACCAGAUCCAUCGUUAUUACCACUACCACUGACAGCGGAGGAAAAAGCACGGAUAAAGAAGGAGAACGAGGAACACAAGGACAUUAUCCAGGAGAGUAUUCGGAAAAUGGAAAGUGGUGAACUGAAGCCGUGUGGGGUUGCUAUUCGGUCGAAUCAUGAUAUUCUGUCGUCGUCCUAGGUAGAGAGAGGGGGAUGAUAUUGCACAGUUACGCAGUUACUCAACUCA